GUUACUACGUUAGCUCACCGUCGCGCUCAACUCUCCGCCCAGUCUCACCGGUCGGCGUGUGACCGGCCAGAUGGCGGCAUUGAUACCCCCUGCAGCAGCCGCGCCCGCAGCAGCGGCGCAGGGCAGUAAUGCGUCGGCAUCGAUGGACGCCAUCCGCAAGCACGCCGCCGACGCGCGCUGGCUGGACGCGCUCGACGCGCUUGACGCGCUAAGCGCCGAUGAAAUUGAUGAUGAGGCGCUCGCGGCCGAAGUGCGGCACCACGGCGGGCGGUUUCGGAGCGCGCGCGCCGCGUUCGAGGACCCGGACGACGACAAUCAUCAGUGGCAGGGCCGGACGGAGCGGUUUGGGGUGGAGACGGCUUUCAGAUAUGACGAAGACGGCUUGUUGUGGCUCAGAACCGCGGGAAAUAUGGAGGACGUGGACCUGUUCCACACGGUGGCCGUGCUGCGGGAGAUCCAGCUGUUCGGCGAGUGGAUCCCGUUUCUGCGGCAGAGCUGCGUCGUCAAGGCCCAGGACUUCGCUCGCCUAUUGGCCCAUUUCACGAUUGGGGUAAGAGGCGUGCUGAGCCGCGACUGCGUCUUCCGCGUCGCGGCGUGCAACCACGCGCUGUCGGGCGCUUCAUUAUUUUUCGAGGGGCGGAGCCUCGACGACGACGUGACGGAGUGGAACGGCGCCGCGGUGCCGCCGCGCGACCGGUCCUGGGGCAUGGAUAGAAUGGUGGUGCGGGACUUCUACGCGCGGGUUCAAUUUUUAAGCCAGUUCGCGCAGCGGUGCGAGGUCGUGGUCUGCGUCGAUCUGCGGACGCGGCUGCCGCGGGCGGUGCUCGACUUUUUUAUGAAGAGGUUGGUUGGACUAUUUAUAUGGUUGUGGCGGCGCCAGAGCCGCUACGUCUCCGCCCACGAGCAGUGCCCGCACCGCGACGCCAUCGCCAAGGAUCCGGCCUUCUACGACGAGUGGCUUCGGCCCAAGUUCGUCGAGUUCUGCGCGGCGCAGGGCUGGGACGGCGGCGAGCUCGUCGUCGAUCCAGCCGAUAUAGAACCCGACGUCGUCCACGACGAGGCGCCGCCAACAGGCCUCUUCGCGCGGCUGAACCCCUUCGGCUAGUUUCUGUGGCGUACAAGUAAGUGUGUAUGUGAGA